AUGGCAACCAGCCGUAUCAUUGUCAAUGGAGUUAUUGUACGAAAAAGGAAAGAAACAUCACCAAGUGAUGAGGUGAUGUCAUCUACCAGUAGAAGGUCGAAUAAGGCUGAAUUUCCAUCAUUUGAUACAGCCGCUACUCCAACCGGUUCUUUGGUAGAUCCUAUUUGGGAAACUUUAGACCCUACCCCUGAUGUUCACGCUCUGUUCAUGUCUUACAACGAUAUGUUUUUCAAGGGAUCUUUGGCGGGCUGUGAGGUUAAAUGGAGUCAUAGAAUGACUAGCUGUGCCGGUGUAUGUAGUUACGAAGGUCGAGGUGGGCUCUGCUCAAUUCGGCUUAGUAAACCAUUAUUAAUUUUCCGACCUCGAAAAGAUUUGGUGGAAACGUUACUUCAUGAAAUGAUUCAUGCUUAUCUAUUUGUAACUGUUCGGAAUCGAGAUAGGGAUGGUCAUGGCCCCGACUUCCAGUUUCAUAUGCGUCGAAUUAACUCGGAAGCAGGGACUCAUAUAACGAUAUAUCAUACAUUUUUUGCAGAGGUUGCCAACUAUAAACAGCAUUGGUGGAGGUGCGAUGGUGCCUGCAGAAGUCGCCGUCCUUAUUUUGGUUGGGUUAAAAGAGCUUCCAACAGAGCGCCAGGCCCUUAUGAUUUUUGGUGGAAACAACAUGAGCACACGUGUGGAGGAAAGUUUAUCAAGGUAAAAGAGCCUGAGGGCUACCAAAAAGGAAAGAAACGGAAUAUAAAAAAUGCGACUUUGGAUGGUACAAUUAAGGAAGAGAGCGCUGGAAAUAAAAUAGUAUCACUGACUUCACAUAAUGCCAAUAAAAAGGCGGUUUUUCCUGGAGAAGGUCACGUUCUAGGUACCCAAAAAUUAUCAGAAGGUAUAGGUUCUUGUAGUUUAGUUUCUUUCUACUUUGAAACAAUAUAA